AUGGUAGAACUGACAUGUGGACGUGCAUUUUUCAAAGGUCUUUGCAAAAACCCUUCCAAAAAAGCAGAAGCAGCGUUUGCAAGUGCUUUUUUAUUUACAACCCGCCCCCUUGGCCCAGAUUAUUCUUCAUCAACAUGGUUACCUGGUAAUGAAUCACUGUGGCAGUCUACAACUGUUGCAUUUAACCAUCGAAAUAACCAUAUCAGGCGACACAGUAUAGCUUCAGAUAGUGGCGACACUGGCAUUGGAACUUCUUGCUCUGACAGCGUUGAAGAUCAUUCAACUUCAAGUGGCACAUUGUCCUUUAAACCUAGUCGAUCAAUGGUUGCUCUUCAUACUGCCCAUGUUAUGCCCUCUAAUUCCAGCUCUUCAGCUUCCAAACACAGAGAAUCACUGGCACCUGAUGACUCAAAAUGGAAUACCACCUUCAUCCAGUCAUUUGGAAGCUUCAGUAAGGGAGAGCAGGAUUCAUCACUUGAUAUGAAGGACUUUCAGCACCUCCGAAAGUGGUCAUCUUUAUCCAAACUAAGUGCCCCUGAUAACUGUGGCCAGGGUGGCAUUGUGCAAACAGAUGAGUCAAGAAGUGGUUUGGGAAAGUCAGGGAGAGGCAAGACUUCAGUGUCACAACUAAGGACAACUGGGCCUACCUGCUUACAUGAUAGUAUGGAGAUGCUUAAGCUGGAAGCCAAGGAGGAGAUAAACAAAAGACGAUCAUCAACAUUGGAUUGCAAAUAUAAAUUUGAGAGUUGUAGCAAAGAGGGUAUUAGAGCCUCUCCUUCCGCUCUCAGGCGACAGACUGUAGACAUGACCUUUAGUGCCUUACCAGAAAGCAAGCCAAUUAUGACAAGCACACAGGCUUUUGAACCUCCAAAAUAUUUAAUGCUUGGUCAACAGGCGGUAGAUGGAGUUCCCAUUCAGCCUUCUGUGAGGACACAGAUGUGGCUUACAGAGCAGUUGCGGACAAACCCUUUGGAAGGCAGAACUACAGAGGACUCUUACAGUUUAGCUCCUUGGCAACAGCAACAAAUUGAAGAAUUGCGACCAGAAAGUGAACCACCACUGCAGAUUUUGACCAGCUCACCUCGACAAUGUUAUUCCUCUUCUGGCUAUCAGGAUUUUAAUAAGUGGGAAUCAGUGCUGAAAAUAAAAGAAGGACUUCUGAGACAGAAAGAAAUUGUAAUCGAUCGGCAGAAACAGCAAAUUACCCAUCUACAUGAGAGAAUAAGGGAUAAUGAAUUACGGGUACAACAUGCCAUGUUAGGACAUUAUGUAAAUUCUGAGGACUCUUAUGUGGCUAGUUUGCAGUCACAGUAUCAAAAUACUUUGCAACAGGCUCCAUUUUCAGAUCCAACAGUGUCUAAUGUCCAGCAAGAGGAACUUGAACAAAAGCUUGUGUCUACUGAGAAGGAGGUUGUACAGCUCAAUCAGUUCCUCAAACAAAGAAUAAGCCAAUUUAGUGAAGAGAAGAAGAAACUAGAGGAAAAGCUUAAAACUAGAGAUAGGUACAUCAGUAGCCUAAAGAAGAAAUGUCAGAAAGAAUCCGAGCAAAACAAAGAAAAACAGAGAAGAAUUGAGACCUUGGAAAAAUAUCUGGCUGAUCUUCCAACUCUAGAUGAUGUGCAGAGUCAGAGUUUACAGCUCCAGAUUCUAGAAGAAAAAAAUAAGAAUUUUCAAAGCACACUGAAAGAUGUGGAAAAAAAGCUUGAAGAGAUGACAACACAGUGUCAAGAGAAGGAGGCACAAAUAAUAUGCCAGAAAAAGAAAGAAAAGGAGUUGGUUACUACAGUUCAGAGUUUGCAGCAGAAAGUAGAAAGAUGCCUUGAAGAUGGAAUUCGCCUUCCCAUGUUAGAUGCAAAACAGCUUCAGGAUGAAAAUGAUAACCUGAGAGAACAAAAUGAAAAUACUAGUAAGAUAAUGCAUAACCAACAAGAUGAGAUUGACAGAAUGGCUUUAGAAAUUCAGUCUUUGCAAGGGAAACUUUCUAAAGAAAAAUCAGUCACUCAAAAGAUGAUGGAAGAGCUGGAAAAGAAAGAAAAAAAUCUACAGAGAUUAACGAAAACAUUGCUUGAUAACCAAAGACAAACAGAAGAGUCAUGUUUUUUAUUGGAUCAGGACCAGGAUACUGACCAAUCCAGGCAGCAGACAUUGCUUUCUAAACGACCUCUGUUUGAUUUGGAUGUGAUUGAUCAGCUCUUCAAGGAAAUGUCCUAUUGUUUGUUUGACUUGAAAGCUUUGUGCAGUAUUCUCAAUCAGCGUGCUCAGGGCAAAGAACCUAAUCUCUCAUUAUUACUAGGAAUCAGAUCAAUGAAUUGCUCAGCUGAAGAGGUUGAAAAUGACCACAGUCCAGAAACACUAACUAAAAAACUAUCAGAAGUAUGCCAGUUACGGAGAGACAUUGAUGAGUUAAGGACUACAAUAUCUGACCGUUAUGCUCAGGACAUGGGAGACAACUGCAUUACCCAAUGAUCAAGUGUUGGACCUACAGCAAUAAUGACCCACUCUUAAAUGCUGCUGUUUCACAGUUCUUCAUAUUUCUUUUUAGUAGCCAUAAUGGAAAGUUAAUGCACAUAGUGUUUUAGUUUCUGUAGAUAUUUUUUGCUGGGAUUGGGGAAAAUUGUCUUCUUAGGCAUUUAUCUAAUCAGGCCAGAAAUUUAAAUUACCAUUUAAACAAUUUGAUAAAGUCUGCAAGGAAAACAUUGUAUUCAAAACUACUGAUUAUAGGAACAAACUGUGAAGAUAGUGCAUUAAAUAAAGGGGUAGGAGUUCCUCUAA